UCGCUCUGUCUUUUCGAAUCCAACGACUAAAACUAGCCCACCCACAUUCCACUUCUUUUCUUCUACUCUGCCAUUUUUUUAAAAAAAAACGAUGAACUUGGAGGAUCCUCUGCAGAGAUACAGCGGAUUGUCUCUCUUACACAGAUCAUUAGGUUCUCUUUCGAAGCCUCCUUGUGACCCCGAUCCUCAUCACGAUGAUGAUCUUCUCUCCGCCCACAAUUUCCUCAAAUCCCUGCCUGUCAAAAAUUCUGAUAAACUUGUAGAGCAGGCGAAAAGUAUUUUAGAUGCUACUUCAGGACUUGUCAAUGCGGACUUGCCAAAUGAUGCAAUGCCUGAAGAUAAAAUUGAAGUUGUUGUUCAAAAGGCCGCGGAAAGUCCCCGGGCACGAAGACCGGGUUUAGGGCGUAAGCGUGCUCGGUUUUCUUUGAUUCAUAAUUCAAGUCAACCUAGUGUGAUUUUGGAACCAACUUUGGAUAUGGAUAACCUGAAAGACCCAGAGCAAUUCUUCUUGGCUUUUGAAAGACUUGAAGAUGCUAAAAAAGAAAUGGCAAAACAGACAGGUCGUGUUUCAAUUGGUUCCAAUCAAUCCAGUAUGGCAAUGGCUCCACGGCCUCGUCGACCUGGAAUGCCUGGGAGAUCUAGGACAGUUAAAUAUCAACAUCUCUAUCCAACCAUGUCCUUCCAGGAAACUUCUAUAGAAGACAUUCUUAGUCCAUCUAAUCCUGGCUCACAACAAGAAACAGUCAGUCAAGCUGUUGCAUUACAACUAAUGGAAUCGACAAAUGUUGCCUUAGAAGAAUCAGAACUAGCUGCGUCAAUGGCCAAGGCUGAGAAAAGGGUAGAUAAACUUCUAGAUGAGUUGCUUGCCUGUGAUUGUGAAGAGCUGGAUGGGGAUGGGGCAGUCACUUUGUUACAGGACCGCUUGCAGGUCAAGUCACUUGACAUAGAGAAGUUGAACCUCCCUGAACUGCUUUAUGUACAAAGGACCAAUUUGAACGCAUUGGGAGGGAAUUUGCCAAAGCCUAGGAAUGUGUUAUCACAUAUACAUAAUUUACCGAGAAGGACUUUAACUCCUAUGAAGCAGCAAAUUGCAGGAAAUUCUACUUCCAGUUUUGGCUCGCCUGCUCCACCAAAAAGUCAACUGGCCUCGCUAGCAUUAUUGAGGAAACACAUACUACAGUCAAAUCCACCAACAAAUCCAGUGCUGAAGUCUCUAAUAAUUGAAGAAGAUGACACAACAGCUGGUAAUAGUAGUCCAACUGAGGUGGCUGUUAAAGCUCUGAAUGACAAUUUGACAAGUCUUGGUUCAGGUAGUGAUGUUCGUCCUAGUAAAUCUAGUGCUGAGGUGGAGAAUAGCAAUGUUGGUGUGGAUAAUGGAAUCACGUAUGAAUAUUUAAGUCAGCUUGGUGGUGAUGCGGAUGUUCAAACAAAUGGGCCAAAUGAACUGGAGGACAUGGUAGAAGAUAUUCAGCAGAAAGCUGUAGAUAAAUCUCUGAACGGCAAUUUGAGUAGUCUUGGUUCUGGUAGUAUUGUUUGUCCUAGCAAAACCAGUGCUGAGGUGGAGAAUAGCAACAUUGGUGUGGAUGAUGGGGUCAUAGAUGAGAAUUCAAGUCUGCGUGGUGGUGAUGUGGAUAUUCAAACAAACAGGCGAAAUGAACUGGAGGAUAUGCCUGAAGACACAGCCAUGGAGUAUUUGAACCCACGGGAUCAGUUUGAACAAUUAAGUGCUGCAUUUGUUGAAGACCAUGCAAUGGAUAGUUGUCCCGAAACCCAAGACAGGGACCUAGAACAAACCAAAGCCAACACCCCGAAACAUAAUAAUGAGAGGGUGGAGAAACCUCCUGUGGUAUCAACAAAUAAACAAACCAAAGAAAAAUCAUGUACAGCCAAAGGACGCAAGUAUAGAUCACUCUCUAGGAGGCAAAGCCUUGCAGCUUCUGGUACAUCAUGGGAAACAGGAGUGAGGCGAAGCACCAGGAUUAGAUCAAGACCUUUGGAGUAUUGGAAAGGGGAAAGAUUUUUAUAUGGUCGCAUUCACGGGAGUUUGGCUACUGUAAUUGGGAUAAAGUACGAGUCACCCCAAAAUGAUAAAGGAAAACCUGCUCUCAAGGUGAAGUCUUUUGUCUCUGAUGAAUACAAGAAUUUGGUUGAACUAGCUGCUCUGCAUUGAGAUAGUUUAAUCUGGUAUUACGGACUGUAAGGUAACUUUUUUUUAGGGAAAAUCCUAGUCAAGGCCAUGUUUCUAUGCAAUUUUGUCUGUGCAGUUAUUGUGUAA